AUGGAUGAGAGUCAGGCGUUCGACCGUUUCUCUAGGGGCAAGCGACACCUCCUGGUGGGGGACUUCAAAUCUGCUGUCGCUGCCUUCGAGGUGUGUCUGUUGCUUAGGAGGCAACAGAGUCCCUGGUGGAGCUGUGUGGGGAGCAGGCGCCCGAGUGUGGUGACGCGUACUGCCGCUGUGGCCGUGCAUUGCUGGAGCUGGCACGCAAGGAGGCAGGGGUGCUGGGGCCAGAUCUGGAUGGUGCCAGUAGUCAGGAGGGAAGCACAGGGGAAGAGGAGGACGAGGAGGAAGAGAGUUAAGAGUCACAAGAGGAGGAGGAAGGUGGAAAGAAAGAGGAAGGAGAGGAGGAGGAGGAGGAGGAGGAAGAUGGAGAAGGAAAGGAGAAAGAUAAGAAGGAAGGAAAUGCCGCAGAAGGAGAAGAUAGAAAUCAAAAACGUCACAAGACAGAAUAGUGAGCUGCAUGCACUUAUCACAGAGUAUAAAGUCACUCCCUCAGAGGAAAAAGACAAGGAUGGCAUGUCUUCAUGUGAGAACUCAGAAGCUAAAUGUACAGAUACCAAGGGGAAAUUGCUGGGUCAAGUGGCUACACUGACAUCUGAGGUUAGCAGGUUGGAGAGUGAGUGCAGCAGUCUUCAGGUUCAGCUAGACUGUGAGAGGGAUAAGUAUAACAAACUGCUGGGAGAAUCUCUUGCUCAUGAAAAGUUGUCUGAAGAUGUCAUAACUGAACCAAAAGGAGAAACAACAGGAUUGGGAGGAACUGAGCUUUAACAGAAGCUGCAACAACUGCAGGAGGCUCACAGGGUCCUGGAGAGCAGGUUAACUUGCAGCAUGAAGGAGGUGGCUGAGCUGAGUGACAGGAAGUAGCAGCUUGAGCAUGCUGUAGUGCAUGAGGAGACAGAGUCCAUCGGUGACUACAUCACCAUCUACCAGUUGCAGCGAGGAGUGAUGAAGCAACAAGCUCGAGAACGCGAGUUAGACCUUGCCAGCCUCCAUCAUGAAUGAGAGGAAAUGAAGCAAAACCACUCUGCAGGAUUUGAUAUCAAAGCUGGUGCAGGAAAAGGAAGCAGAUCAUGACCUUCAGCAGCUCGAGAAGAUAAGCAGCGUCCUUAUAUAUAUGUUAUAUAAAUAUGUUCCUUUCACUAUAAUAUAUUAUAUGUAUUAAAAACUGCAUGGAAUACUACUGUAUUCCAUGCACUUUGUAUUCCAUGUAUUCCAGCCACUCAGUCUCCUACUGAGUGGCUGGGGUUUUCCAAAAGUGAGGGUUGGUGUUCUAUACCAUACCAUGUGCCCUGUUUGUAUUCCUUCUCUAUCCUCUGUAUUAUAUUCUAUGUAAAGAUGGUGCUGGGGUGGGAUCUACUUCUUAUUCCCUAAAAGUGAUGAGGAGUGACACUGGGCAGCAUUAAUUUGCUCCUUAGAGAUGGCUGGGUUCCUGUGGAUGAGUGGGCCAUGCUGUGCUUUGUCAAGGAUGGUGUUUGGUAUUGUGAUGACUCUUGCCACAAUCAAGUGUCUCCCACAGAGUAGUGGAGUACCUAUGUAUGGUGUUGACCCAAGCUGUCCAGGUCUCAUCCAAUGCCUUAAUAUGAUUUAGAUGAUCAAAAUGGUUUAACUCACCAUUUAAUCAGCUGACUGAUUUGAAUGGAGAAGUAUGUAAUGUGUUGUAGCCUAACCAUCCCUGCCAGCAUGGUCAGACUCUUGGUAGUAACCUGAAAUGCUCCUAGGUAGUGAGUAUCAUUGCACAUAAUGAUCUUUACUUUGUCAGUAAUUCAAUGAUACUGAAUAUUACUCUACUGGAUUUUGCUCAGCACUGCUUGGUAACUUUUGGCCAUAAUCCCAGGUCUGGAAUGAUAUGAAGCCAUGUUUUUACAUUCCAUAUGAGACAGGCAAGCACUAUGCUUUGCCUGACUGAUACCUGUACUUUGCAUUUAUGACCCCAGGUAGUUCAUCACUCUCUCUCUCUCUCUCUCUCUCUCUCUCUCUCUCUCUCUCUCUCUCUCUCUCUCUCUCUCUCUCUCUCUCUCUCUCUCUCUCUCUCUCUCUCUCUCUCUCUCUCUCUCUCUCUGUUUGGAAUUAUACUGUAUAUUAGGAAAUAUCAUUAAAGAGUGUGUGUGUAAAAAGUGUUUGCAUUAUUGUGCAUUUGAUGUUGGUUUCAUGAUUUAUAAAGAUUGCUAUUUUUAAUAAAGUUAUUGAAAUUGUUA